GAAAGAGAAAGUUCGAAAAAAAGGCAACCAAUUUGGAGAAGCUUGCGCAGAAGGCAAGCGAGGCGGUGGCGAUCAAAAUGGAAUUGUCAACAUUACAUGGAACUGACUACAUUAAGGCUACCGCUGAAGCAUCCUCAGUCCCAUCGAUCCUUGCUUGGUCUCCUUUUCAAAGGGGAAAGGGGCUCAAUAAUCGGCUCAAGGAUGCGAGCACGGUAGCUCUAACUACAGACCCAACAUUGACCUUCCCAACAUUAUUAAACACGCGAAGUUACUGGCACAAGCAGAACGAAAUGAUGGCAACACGUUGGAAGUUGCGUUUAGGGCUCUGCAGACCGCCAUGGAUCGGGGUGAUGACUUGAAUACUCUAGAACGCCUCGAACGAGACACUCGGGAUCAUUUUAACGCUAAGCUCGAAG